AUGCGGCUUCUAAAGUACGAAGACGAUGGCUGCCUUACCUUCGCCAGCUUCGACGAUAACGCGAUACCCCCCUACGCCAUACUUUCGCACACGUGGGGAGCGGACACAGAGGAGGUGACCUUCACGGACCUUACGAAGAGUAGUGGCAAGGACAAGCCUGGCUAUAAGAAGAUCCGUUUCUGCGGAGAACAAGCUUCAAGAGAUGGGCUGGAAUACUUCUGGGUUGAUACCUGCUGCAUCAACAAAGAAAACCAAGCUGAGCUCUCGCUGGCCAUUGACUCCAUGUUCCGCUGGUACCGCGAUUCGGCUCGAUGUUAUGUUUAUCUGUCGGAUGUCUCGAGCCAAACUUCGAACACCAACCUAGAGCGCAGCGUGCAUCGAUCCGAUCUGCAGAUAAGCCGAUGGUUUACUUGGAUCUGGAUAUUCCUAGUCGUUCAACCUAUACUCCGCUGGCAUCCUAGCACGAUUCGGCGCUUCUUCACCUUGUCAGAUGUUUGUAGCCCGCAAGCUUAUGAAUCUAAGCCUCAGCGAAGCAGAUGGUUCACCCGAGGCUGGACGCUCCAGGAGCUUCUCGCACCCAGCGUGGUCGAGUUCUUCUCGCGCGAAUGGUGCAGACUCGGUGAUAAGAUAUCGCUAAAGUCCGAAAUCCACGAAGUUACAGCGAUCCCAUACGAAGCGCUCGAGGGGGCACCCCUUUCUCAAUUUAGCGUCGAAGAGCGGCUUCGAUGGAGACAGAACCGGCACACAAAGCUUAAAGAGGACGCAGCGUACUCAUUGUCUGGCAUCUUCGGUGUAGACAUUGCGCCUGUAUAUGGCGAAGGCGGAGAGGAAGCGUUCAGACGGCUUCACGACAAGAUCCGUGAGCAAGGAGAGUGCCGUCGGAAGCGGGAAGAGUGUCUUCGGGACUUAUAUGCUACCGACCCUCGCAAGGAUAAGAAGCGUAUCGAGGAGACCAAAGGCGGACUGCUAGCAGACUCGUACCGCUGGGUCCUCGACAACACUACAUUCCAACAAUGGCAGCAGGACACGCACAGCCGACUACUAUGGAUAAAAGGUGAUCCUGGUAAAGGCAAGACGAUGCUGGUGUGCGGCAUUAUCAACGAACUACAGAAGGCAACAAAAAACGCUACGGUCUCACACUUCUUCUGCCAAGCAACCGACGCGCGCAUUAACGGCGCCACGGCCGUGCUGCGAGGGCUGUUGUACAUGCUUGUAACUCAGCAACCAUCGCUUGCAUCACACAUCCGCACGAAGCACGACCACGCCGGCAAAGCCAUGUUCGAAGACGCAAAUGCCUGGGUAGUCUUGGUAGAGGUCUUCGAGGCUGUGCUCCAAGAUCCAAGCCUAAGGAUGACAUACCUAAUCAUUGACGCGCUAGAUGAGUGCAUCACUGAUCUACCCAUGCUGCUAGAGUUUGUCGCAAAGCAGUCAUCGGUAUCUUCUCAUGUCAAAUGGAUUGUUUCUAGUCGCAACUGGCCAGACAUCGAAGCGCAGCUAGAGCGGGCAGGGCACAAAGAAAAACUAAGCCUCGAGCUGAACGCAGAGUCAGUUGCGGCUGCAGUUGCUGUCUUUAUUCAGCAAAAGGUAGAUCAGCUGGCGCAAGAGAAACAGUAUAAGGCUGAGGUUCAAGACGCUGUGCUCCAGCACUUAACGACGAACGCGAACGGCACCUUCCUUUGGGUUGCGUUGGUGUGCCAAGAACUCAAGAGAACGGCGAAUCGACAUGUGCUGAAGAAGCUAGCCGUGUUCCCGCCUGGGCUAGACGACUUGUAUAAGCGGAUGAUGCAGCAGAUGAGCGAGUCGGACGACGCCGACAUCUGUCGGUGCGUACUAGCUUCGACCGCGGUUUUGUAUCGACCCGUGACCAUUUGUGAACUAGUCGAACUCGUCGAGCAGCUUAAGGAUGUCAGCAGUGACGUGCGAGAAAUCAUCGACCUUUGUGGAUCGUUCCUGACCGUCCGCGAAGACACUGUGUACUUUGUGCAUCAAUCUGCUAAGGACUUCCUCUUCGAAAAGGCGUCUCACGAGGUCUUUCCAAACGGUGCGGAAGACGUCCAUCGGGGUGUCUUUUUGACAUCGCUGGCGUAUUUGUCUACGACGUUGCAUAGAGACAUGUACAGCUUACACUCGCUAGGAAGCGCUAUUGAGAACGUUAAACCACCGCAUGCAGACCCUUUAGCAGCAUCGCGCUACCCUGUUGCUGGCCUCCCUAUGAGAGCCGUGUACAGCUUUCUGAAGGAGAAGUAUCUUUACUGGCUAGAAGCGCUUAGUCUGUGUCACAGCGUAGGGAAGGGUGUCGUCUCUAUAGAAAAACUAUGGUCACUUGUGCAGGGGAUGUGUGACCAAGAUAGACUUGCUAAGCUUGUUCAAGACGCACGGCGGUUUAUUAUGUACCACAAAGGCGCAAUCGAGGGCUACCCUCUUCAGACCUAUGCAUCCGCACUGCUGUUCAGCCCGACAGGUAGUCUCGUCAGACAGCUGUUCAAGCACGAAGAGCCAGAAGCAAUUAGCAUCAGGCCAACUCUAAGCGAGGAAUGGAGCGCGUGUCUGCAGACGCUCGAGGGCCAUAGCAGUACAGUCACCUCGGUGGUCUUCUCGCACGACUCGACCCGGCUGGCCUCGGCGUCCUGGGACAACACCAUCAAGAUAUGGGAUGCGAGCACCGGCGCGUGUCUGCAGACGCUCGAGGGCCAUAGCCGUGAAGUCACCUUGGUGGCCUUCUCGCACGACUCGACGCGGCUGGCGUCGGCGUCCCACGACAGCACCGUCAAGAUGUGGGAUGCGAGCAGCGGCGCGUGUCUGCAGACGCUCGAGGGCCAUAGCAAUAGUGUCAGCUCGGUGGCCUUCUCGCACGACUCGACGCGGCUGGCGUCGGCGUCCCACGACAGCACCGUCAAGAUGUGGGAUGCGAGCACCGGCGCGUGUCUGCAGACGCUCGAGGGCCAUAGCGAUUGGGUCAGCUCGGUGGCCUUCUCGCACGACUCGACCCGGCUGGCGUCGGCGUCCCACGACAAGACCGUCAAGAUGUGGGAUGCGAGCACCGGCGCGUGUCUGCAGACGCUCGAGGGUCAUAGCAGUGCUGUCAGCUCGGUGGCCUUCUCGCACGACUCGACGCGGCUGGCGUCGGCGUCCCACGACAGGACCGUCAAGGUGUGGGAUGCGAGCAGUGGCGCGUGUCUGCACACGCUCGACGUCGGCAAAGUUCUCUUCCAUCUAUCGUUCGAUCGCAACAGUUCUCGCCUCCUUACUGGAAUCGGGUCUAUCGAUACUCAGAGCUUAGAGACAUUUAGCAUAACAGAUCUUAAAGAACCUGCGCGUCCCUUGUACGUAGGCACUGGCGUUAGCUCAGACAGGAUAUGGAUUCAGCAUGCUGGUAAUAACAUGCUAUGGGUGCCGUCAGAGUAUCGACCAUCGCACUCGUCUGUGAGUGGGACUAUGGUUGGCGUAGGUGUCGGGUCUGGAAGAGUAUGGAUCUGUAGUAUAGACCUUUAG